GCGUCUUCCUCUUAACUCCGCGGGGGGAUCCCAAUCUCCGGCGAGCUCAUGGCCCCCGCCUCGCCGGAGGAGCUCAAAUGCGCCGCCAACGGCGGGUGCGCCGCGGACUCGCUGGGGGAUCCCCCGUCCGCCGGCUACUGCCUCCCCGCCGCCGUGCCGGCGGCGGUGGAGGGCGAGCUCCGGUGGCUCCGGCGGUGCGUGGAGGCGGCGGCGAAGGGCUUCGCCAUCGGCGCCGGCCUGAAGGGCGGCCUCGCGCUCUUCUCCGUCCUCGUCCGCCUCCGCAGCCGCCGCUCCCCCAGAUCGAGGAAGGUGGGGGCCAUGACCAACGAGGAGGCGGUGGUGCUGGCGUUGAAGGAGACGGUGAGGUACGGCUUGUUCCUCGGGACCUUCGCCGGAAGCUACGUCUCCGUCGACGAGUGCAUCGCUGCCAUCUGGGGCCGUAAGAGAACAUCUAGGUGGAGAUCAUUAUUAGCUGGGUUAAUUGCUGGUCCUUCGAUGCUCUUGACAGGGCCGGGCACGCAACAUACUAGCUUGGCAAUAUACAUUCUCAUGCGUGCAGCUGUACUUGCAUCUCGUUGUGGAAUAAAGAGCAGGAGAUUUGGAAAUAUUUGCAAGCCUUUGACUUGGUCACAUGGUGACAUCUUCCUUAUGUGCCUUUCAUCUGCACAAAUUUUAUCUGCCUAUAUUUUAAGGCAAGAAAGUUUGCCAUCAACGUAUAAAGCAUUUCUAAAUAAGCAUGGUGGGAAGGAUCUUAGUAUUUUGCAAGGUGUGAAAGACGUAGUCAAUCACACUGCUUUCUCUAAUCUAGCGGGUAUUGAGAAGUACUACAAAUCUGUUGGUGUUGACCUAAAGUUAGAUCCAAAUAUGAAGGUCCCUUGUUCGAUUGUGCAUGGAAAUCAAUCAUGUGCAGUGCAUUUUAUUAAAUUCUUGUUUCAAGGAUAUGGAAGAGCAGUACCUGUUUAUGUUCCAGUCUAUUUAGUUCCUGCACUUGUAGUUCAUCGACAGGAUCUCAUGAAAAGGCCUUACACAAUACUAGGGAAAAGUCUUCUAGGAACAGCAAGAUCAAGCCUGUUCCUCUCAGUGUACUGUGCCUCGGCAUGGGCAUGGACAUGCCUUCUUUUUAGAAUCUUCCAGAGCUGCAAUACUCCACUCGUUGUACUUGGCACGUUCCCCACGGGUCUGGCGCUGCUAAUUGAGAAGAAAAGCAGGCGAAUUGAGAUAGCCCUGUACUGCCUCGCCAGAGCUAUUGAGAGUUUUUUCACAUGCAUGACCGAUGCAGGACUCUGCCCUCCGAUUCUGCAGAUAAAGCGAGCCGAUGUAGUGGUAUUCAGUAUGGCCACUUCAAUCAUCAUGCACUGCUAUGCUCAAGAAAGAGAAGUUUUUCGGUCCAAGUACCUGAAUGUCCUUGACUGGGUAUUUGGUGUGCCGCCUCCAUCUGAUGAUGAAAGCAAUAAAGAUUUUCCAUCCAGUGAUGGAACCAAGAAAAUUUGUUGAGUGCCAUAUUUGGCCUGUAGAGAGUUCUCUAGAUGUUUCACUGUUCGUGAAAAAUGUGAUCUUAGUCGAAGAUAGAUAGGCGCAUUAGAAGGAUGAGCCUUGAACAGGAAGCUCAUUCCAACCAGCGGAAUUUAGUGGGUACAGCAGUAUAGAUUUAUUCAAUUGAUUGAUCUGGACCACAGCCUGGGGCAUAUGACUUAUGUGUUGUAACUUAUUGAUUUUACAUUCUUGAUGUUUUAUCUUACUCACAUAUGUUGCCUGAAUUGUUGGAGGCCUGGAGCCCUAAUCGACUCAGUUCUGAUGAGUGGUGCGUAUGUCCUCAAG